ACUGUUCACGACGGAAAAUAAACGUAUACACAUUAGAACAUAAGGUGUGAAAUUGGAUUGCGAUUAACGAGUACUAUACAGGGGGCGUCCAUAUAAGAAUCCGGCACGAUAUCUUCUACUUAGAAGGAAUGCUGUAAAGAACUGAUGAAGAAGAAGUACAACACUUACACAAGAGAUCGUUUACCUAUUGCAUCACAAAUGCGACACAAAAUCCGCUCUAACCAGACCAUUGGACGAACGUUUUCCGUUUCUGGACCUCUGCAUUCCCGACAUGCCCCACUUUCAAGGCCUGCGUGCCGUCCAGAGCCAGAAGACACCGCGACUCAUCAAGUCGCACCUGCAUUACCACGUGCUACCUCCCGCCUUGUUCAAAAGCAAGUGCAAGAAAAUCUACGUGAUGCGCAACCCAAAGGACGUGUUUGUGUCAGGCCUGAUGCUGACCAAGUAUUUGAAGCUGGCUGCACCGGACAAGUCACCAGAAGAAUUCCUGGAAACAUGGCUCCAGGACGAAGAGUACGCCACUCCAUGGUGGAGACAUGUCAGGGAUUUCUGGCUGCACAGAGACGACCCGACAAUCUUAUGGUUGACGUACGAGCACAUGGUUAAGGAUUUGCCUGAGGCCAUAAGGCAGAUUGCCAGCCAUUUGGAUGUCAAGGUAACAGAGAAAGAUGUGGCAACCUUAACUGAGCACUGCAGCUUCAGCAACAUGAAGCAGAACCCAUCUACGAACGCCUCGUGGAUUGGAGAGAACAGUUACGUAGACAAGCAGUUCGGUGGACACAUUAGGAAAGGUCGCGUAGGCAACUGGAAAGAACACCUGUCGGAGGCAGCUGGUAACACGAUUGAUGCUAUGGUGGAGGACAAGCUUGGGGACUUGGAUAUACAAUUCGACUAUGGUCAUUAA